UCAAUUUAACCUUUUUUAGAGCAUUAUAAACAUUAAAGUAACUAAAAAUAUAAUUGCAAUGUCGAGUGGAGAGGUAAUUAAUGGCUAUCGCAAUGAAGAAUCACGAUUGGAAAGAGGAAGUGACAUGUGGAUGGAAGCCAAUCAAUCAUCAGCCCGAUUGUUUGAAAAGUCAAAGAUUUCUGCUUUACGGGAUGAGAGAGAAGGUGUUCAAAAGAAAACUUUUACCAAAUGGGUAAAUUCACAUUUGCAGAAAGUCGGUGCUCAUAUUAAUGACCUAUAUCAUGAUUUGCAAGAUGGUCGACAACUUAUUUUGUUGCUAGAAAUUUUAUCAGCAGAGAAAUUGCCACGCCCAAGCAAAGGACGCAUGAGAAUUCAUAUGUUAGAAAAUGUUGAUAAAAGUUUGCAGUUCCUAAAAGUUAAAGAGGUUUACCUGACUAACAUUGGCAGCCAUGAUAUUGUGGAUGGUAAUCCUAAAAUUACACUUGGUCUUAUUUGGACAAUAAUCCUUCGUUUCCAGAUUCAAGAUUUAAUGAUUGAAAUGGACUCCACAGAGAAACGGUCUGCCAAAGAUGCAUUGUUGUUAUGGUGUCAAUCGAAAGCACAAGGGUAUAAAAAUGUUAACAUUACCAAUUUCACAACAAGUUGGCGUGAUGGGCUUGCAUUUAAUGCCAUUAUUCAUAAACAUAGAACUGAUUUAAUUGAAUUUGACAAACUCGUACAAGAGGAACCCAUAACUAAUCUUAAUGUAGCUUUUGACACAGCAGAACGAGAACUUGGGAUUUUACCUUUACUUGAUGCUCCAGAUGUCAAUGUUAAUUAUCCUGAUGAAAAAUCUAUAAUGACAUAUGUGGCUACAUACUAUCAAUAUUUUUCAAAAAUGAAACAGGUUGAAGUUUCUGGAAGCAGAAUACAAAAGGUAAUUAAACAUGCCUUAGAUAAUGAGAAACUUAUACAAGAAUAUGAAAAUUUGAGCUUGAACUUAAUGCAGUGGAUACAGGAGAAGAUUAUCAAGUUGAAAGAUCGUUCAUUGGGGAAUUCCUUGGUGACUCUUCAACAACAGAUGACUGAAUUCAAUUUGUAUCGGAUACAAGAAAAGCCACCUAAGUUUGUUGAAAAAUGCAGUCUUGAAGUUCAGAUGUUUGAGAUAACAAGUCAGUUGCGCCUGAAUCAUCAAAAAAUGUAUAGCCCACCAGAGGGCCUCCUAGUGAACAAUAUCAACAAAGCCUGGCAAGAAAUGGAACAAGAAGAACACAAGCGGGAAGUUGCAAUUCGUGACGAACUAAUAAGACAGCAAGAACUAGAAGAAAUUGCUAGUCGAUUUAAACGCAAGGCUAAAUUAAGAGAUGCUUGGUUAAAUGAAAACUGCAAACUGCUAAGCACGGAUAACUUUGGCGAAGAUCUGCCGGCAGUGGAAGCUUCUGUAAAAAAACAUGAAGCAAUUGAAACUGACAUUAAAGCAUAUGAAGCUCGUAUUAAUGGAGUUGAACAGUUGGCUGCCAAACUAGAAAAAGAAAACUUUCACCGCAUUGAUUCCAUUAACACACUGACAGGAAAUAUUAAGGAAAUGUGGUUAAAGUUACUACAAUUACUUCAUUGGAGAAGCUCACGCUUGAAUAAGCAUCUUAGUUUGCAUAAAGUAUUUCAAGAAAUGAUAUACAUUAUUGACUGGAUGGAUGAAAUUAGGGGAGGUCUGCUGUCAGAAGAUUAUGGUAAACAUCUCUUGGGAGUUGAAGAUUUGUUACAGAAACAUGAUUUAGUGGAAGCAGACAUCUCAGCACAAGCAGAACGUGUUCAAAAUACUAAUACGUCAGCUGACACUUUUCUCGAAGAUGCUGCGAAAACCGAAAGUGACGGUUACAAGCCAGAUGUUAAAACUAUAAAAAGUAAUCAAAUUGAAAUGAAAACAAACUAUAAAGAACUAUGUGAUCUUGCACAGAAGCGGAGACAGCGUCUGGAAGAAUCUCUCAAACUGCACACAUUCUAUCGAGACAUGGAAGAAGAAGAUAUUUGGCUGUCGGAGAAGGAAUAUUUUGUAUCGUCAACAGAAUAUGGUCAUGAUUCACACACAACCACACUUCUGCUGCAGCAACACAAAACGUUGGAGCAAGAAUUGACUGCCAAAAAAGUUCACACAGUUGAAUUGGUUGCGCAAAAGGAAAGUUUACUUCAGGAAAUGCCAUAUGCUAAUGACAAAGUAAAUGAACAUGUUGAAACGCUGAGCACAAAAUGGGAUGUGGUAAAUAUACUGUCAGCGCAACGUAGGAAACGUUUAGAAGAAGUUUUUAAUUUGCAUCAAUUUUUUGCAGAUUGUCGUGAGAUUGAGGCUGAUAUGAAUGAAAUGGAAGCUCCCGUUGCUGGUAAUGAUUACGGUCAUGAUGAUGAAUCUGUUAAUGAGUUAAUCCGAAAACAUGGAUUGCUUGCAGAAGAAAUCAGUGCUCUUGAGCCUAGAAUUACAUCUAUGGAGGAACAAAAACUAAAUACACUGGGAGAGCAGGACCAAGAUGCUCCAGAUGUAUUGGAAGCUAAACAAGGUCUGGAUGAUCACUAUAAUGCACUACAGUACAAACUGUCAGUACAUCAUCAGAAACUUCUAGAUGCAUUGGCUCUUUACAAGUUAUACAGUGAAGCAGAUAUUGUAAAAUCAUGGGUUGUUGAGAGAAGGUCACAGCUGACUGUCUUCUUAAAAGUUGACCGCACUGAUGAUUUGGAAAGAUGUAAAGUCAUUGAACUGAGAUAUGACGGCUUUGAAAAGGAAUUAGAAGCAAACACUGACCGCAUGAAAACUGUAAACGAACUUGCUGAGAAAGUAAUAGACAAAGAUCCUACUGAGGCUGAAGAAGUACAAAAUUGCAUUGAUAAAUUAAAUUUGAGUUGGGAAGCCUUGCAAAAGGAUGCUGCAGACAAGAAAACAGAAUUAGCAACAUGCUUAAUGAUUCAACAUCUAUACAGUGAAAUGACAGAAACGCAGAGCUGGAUUUUAGAAAAGUCUCGUUUGCUUGCCUCAGUUGAAGAUCCUGGUGCAGACUUAUCAAGUGUUAUUACGUUACAACGGCGAUUGAACAGUAUUGAACGUGACAUUGCAGCCUUACCGUCAAAGAUGCAAGAUUUACAUGCUCAAGCAGUAGAUAUCUCCAGGUUGUACCCAGAAGAGGCUGUAAAUGUUCAAACUAAAUUUGAUGAUCUUCAAACUUGUUGGGACAAAUUGUCUCGAAUGGUGAAGGAAAAGAACGAAUCUCUUGCAGAAAUGGGAGAAUUGAAAAGAUUCAUCAUGUCACUUGAUGAUUUCUUAAAUUGGCUUCAACAGACAUCUGAGCCGUGCUCUUCUGAGGACCUGCCACAGAGUCUAUCUGAAGCGGAAUCCUUGCUAGAUGCUCACUUUGAGCUGCAAACGGUGAUAGAAGAUCAUUUAGACGACUACAACUUAUUGAUGGAUGAAGGUCCUAAGUACAUACGACAAGACCAAAACGAUUUACAAACUCAAUCACUGCGACAACAGAUGAAAGAUGUAAAGAACGGAUGGCAAGAACUUUAUGUGUUAUGGAAUAACAGAAAAGUUUUGCUGGAACAGAGCAUGAACUAUCAGUUAUUUUUGCGUGACUCAAAGCAAUGCGAAGCUAUUCUGGGACAACAAGAAUUAUAUUUAUCAAAACAAGUGGAAGCUCCUACUGCUGAUGCUGUGCAGGAGGAGAUAAAAAAUCUCAGUGAAUUCAUACAAAAGAUGGAUACACACGAUGAGAAAGUUAAACACAUUGAUCAGUUCGCAGACCAACUGUAUAAAAACAAUCACUAUGCGAAGGAUAAAAUUAAAGAAAAGUCUUGCUCCAUCGUUGAGCGUCGUGAUGAAAACGCUAAAAACGCUAAUGAGUUAAUGGCGAAACUGCAAGAAGAUUUGCGACUAAAGCAGUUUUUGGAGGAUUCAGACGAGGUUAUUGAUUGGAUGAACGAACGUUUGCAGUCCGCUUCUGAUGAAUCGUAUAAAGAUCUCACUAAUGUCCGAAGUAAAUUGAUAAAGCAUGCAGCUUUUGAGGCCGAGUUGGAAGCUAAUAAAACGAAAAUAGAUGCGCUGAAAAAGACUGGGGACAAGAUUGUCGAGUCAAAUCCUGAAACCAAACCAGAAAUCGAAAGCCGUUUGAAAAAGAUUGAUGAAUUAUGGGGAAUAUUACACAAAGCCUCCACUGGAAAGAAAGCUCAUUUAAGUGAAGCUAAUCGACAACAACAGUUUGAUAACGAAAUUGCCAACCUGGACAAGUGGAUUAGUGAAAUUCAAACAACGUUAAGGGAUAAAGAGACUGGUACCGAUAUUGCUACUGCUAGAGCGCUUCACAACAAACACAAGCGUACUGAGAAAGAUGUUGUAACAAAAAAGCAAAGGAUGAUUGAUCUUAGUGCGAAUCCUGAAGAAGUUGACGAAGAAAAAAUUGUUGCUGAACAACAAAUUAUGGCAGAAAGAUUCCAAUCGCUUGAAGAACCUCUGCAAGAACGCAAGGCAGUUUUGGACGAAUCUUUACAAUUUUAUCAGUUUAAACGAGAUGUGGAAGACGCGUUGUUAUGGGUGCAUGAAAAAGAACCCAUACUUAAGUCAACGAAUUAUGGCGAUUCACUUCAUGACGUUCAAAGAUCAAAGAAGCGACAUUCGAACCUCUGCACUGAGAUUGAUGGGCAUGAGCCACUGAUAGUAGCGUUGUACCAAAGAGGUAAUGAAAUGGUCAAUGAAGAUCAUCCACGCGCAGAAGAAGUGCAAAAGUUAAAAGACGAUAUAAAAGUGUGUUGGGACAGUUUAAAACAACUGUCAGAUGGCUGUCAAGACAAAUUGGACGAAUCGCUUCAAGCCAAACAAUACUUUUUCGAUGCUGCCGAGGCAGAAUCUUGGAUGAGCGAGAAAGAAUUAUUUUUAUUGGGAGAUGAUCGAGGUAAAGAUGAGGAGCAUGUGCAAAAAAUGUUAAAAAAACACAAUGCUGUUGAAAACGCUAUCGUGGAUUACGGAGAUACAAUCGAAGAGUUAGCUAGUGUAGCGAAAGCCUUAAUCGAUGAGAAACACCCUGAAAGCGAAUCUGUUCAGAAUACACAAACAAGAAUUAAGGAACUUUACUCUAGACUUAAAGACUUGGCUGAUGAACGACAAGGCAAGCUGGAUGAAAACCUUAAGCUGUUCCAAUUUAACCGCGAGAUCCAAGAUUUAGAGUCAUGGAUUGCAGAUCGAGAACUUGUAGCUGGUUUGCAAGAUAUUGGGCAAGAUUUUGAUCAAAUUCAAAUGUUGGAGGAACGUUUCGACGUGUUUGCGGAGGAGACUAGAAAUGUUGGUACCGAGCGAGUUGAAACUGUUAAUGCGGUAGCUGAUCAGUUGAUAGGUACAGGUCACUCUGAUGCCACUGUUAUUGCUGAGUGGAAGAAAGGAUUGAAUGAAGCAUGGGAGAACUUAAUAGAAAUGUUGAAUACAAGAAAAGAGUACCUUUUGGCUGCUCAUGAGUAUCACCGAUUCUUCCACGAAGCCAGAGAAACAUUGGUUAUGAUCCAGGAUAAAGCGAAAAAUUUAACAGAGGAUUUGGGACGUGACCAACAGUCUGUGUACACCUUACAACGAAAACAUAAAACAUUCGAAGCAGAUUUACAACCACUCGGCCACCAGGUGCAGGGUAUACAAGAUUUUUCCGCCGAGCUAAAAGGUCUCUACGCUGGUAUCAAAUUAAUGGAGAUAUCAGCUAAAGAAGAAGAGGUUAUUCAUGCAUGGAAGGACUUGCUUUUGACUGUCCGACAAAGAAGUGACAAGUUGGGGCAAUCCGACGAAUAUCAGCGCCUGAUCAUGUUAAUUCAAGAUUUGUUGAAUUGGAUACAAGAUAUGAAGUUGCAAAUUUUAUCGGACGAGAAACCCAAAGACAUCUCUGCUUGCGAACAUCUAAUGAGUAUCCAUCAAAGUCGCAAAGCAGAAAUGGACACGAAGGAAGACAAGUUUAAACACGUGUUUAACCUGACAAAGAAGCUGAUUGCCAAAAAUCAUUACGCCACUAUAGAAAUUGAUGACAAGAUCAAAGAGUUGAGAGAGAAAAAGGAUAACUUGGAAGAAGAAUGGGACCUACAUUGGGAAGAUUUGCAACUCUCAUUAGAAGUGAUGCAGUUUGCACGUGAUGCACAUCUGGCUGAUGAUUGGAUGAAUCAAAACGAACAUAGUGUCACCGGAAAGGAUUUCGGAAAAUGUUUGGAUGAAGUCGAUAUGAUGAUUGAAAAACAUAAGAAAUUUGAAAGGCUUAUUAACAAACAAGAAGACAGAUUUCACAAUUUAGAACGCUUGACAACAUUUGAACUUCGAAACGCUCGACAGAAACAGCUUGAAGCUGCUAAGAAGGAGAAGGAAGAGAAAGAACGCCUCGAACGCGAGCUAGCAGAGGCUCGCGAGCGAGAGAUGGAAUUACAACGUGCGCGAGAAGAGGAAGAGAAACUAGAGAAGGCUCGGAAAAUUCAAGUCAGUCCAGAAGCUUUAAAACAAGCUGAAGAAUUAAUGCAAUCAGCUAACUUCAAUGAAACUCCAGCUGUCAAUGAAAACGACGACGAGGUGGAUUUCCAACUUGAAGAAGCGACAGGUGACGCUGAGCUUAAGAUUGGAGUUGAAGGGAUUAAAAUGCUUGGUUAUUUAUCGAGAAAGCCGACGAAAGAAUCGCAAAAUAAAAAAGCGCACUCAAGGGUAUGGAAGCAGUUUUAUGUGCUUAUGAAGGAUAGAGAUUUGAUAUUUUUCCGCGAUGAAAAAGAAGCUAAACAAAAAUUGAAUCCAAUCCAAACAAUUACUGCUAUCGGAAGUCAGGUAAGUGUUGCAUCGGAUUAUCACAAAAAGAAAAACGUUUUACGACUUGCACUCGCCUCCGGUGCUGAAUACCUCAUGCAGAGCGAUUCACCAGACGAAAUGUCUCUAUGGAUACAACACAUCAGGGGCAGUGCUGUUGAUUCUAACGCUAAAGGAAAAAAUACAACAAACAUUGUUGACACAAGCUCUCCUUCACGGCCAACUUCUGCGGUUAUAAACGACGAAUCUCCUUCGCAGGAGACUACCCAUAAGAAAGAAAAGAAAAGGUCGUCUUUGUUUGGUAAGAAGAAGAAAUCGAUGAAGGGCGAGACGCCAACAUAGCAGGAUUCCUAGUUACAUUCUACAUUGGUGUAACCUGAUACCACGUGAUUAGUUCACGUGAUAGUAAACUACCUGUUAGUCUAAAAUUAUCAUUCGUUUUCGUAUGAACAAAUAUUCAUUUUCUUUUAGCUUACAAAUUGUUAUAUAAUAAUGUAUAGAUACAGAGAUGUAAGGACUUAUGUGCAAUUUUAAUUGUGUUUUCUAUUAAUUAUCUGUUAUAUGUAUGAGAGUAAUUUAUAUAAGGCGGUUGUAUAAGUAUAAGUUAAUAAACUUCUAAAGUCUUCCAAAUAUGUCGGCGCAUUUUUCGAUAUGCAAUGCAACUUUGAGUUUGUGUAGCCAUGUUUGUUGUUUUCCAGUCGCGUAUGCACGUUUUUAGGAAUCUUACAUUUUAUGCUUUGUCCAAGUUUGAUUUGUUAGUCAAAGUUGGAUUUUUAAUUUAAAUUCACAUCCAUGUCGUGUAUAUCUUGCUGGCCAAUCAUACAAAAAUUGUGUCAAUUUGUUUAUCAUAGAACGAUAUAUAUUUCAGAAAGAUACCUGGUAGUGUAAUAUUUAUUUUAUUUCUUUCUAACUGUUGUAUAUAAUAUCUUACUAUCUUUUUUUAACUUUUAUUUUAUUGAUAAAUAUUUUAAUUCAAGCCUCGUUUGCUCUUAACAUGUGAUACAACAGCAGAUAUUUUCUGUUGUUUUCCAAUCGCUGGCAACAAUUUAUUUUUUGACGUCAUAUAAACUGUAGUUUUAUCAUCGUGAACCAAACAAACGAAAUAACCUUUUAACAUUUAA